AUGUCAGUUGAAGAAGAAUCACUAGUAGUAUCUUGUCCAAUAGAUCAAGAUAUCGAAUGGAAUGAUGAUAUCAAAUCCAAUAAUUUUAUGAUAGUUGAACCGUGUGUAAACAAUGAUAUUCCUAAAAUUGUUCAACAAGUUUUAAUUGAUUUGAUUGAUGAUAUUCAUUUACAAUUAUCUACUAAUGAUUCCGUAAAUUUAAAAAAUAAUAAACUAUUGAAUCGAACACAUCGUCGACCAAAACGUCGAAUAUUUUCAAGUUCCGAAGAUGAUUCAGAUAGUUCAUCAUCUUCAUCAGAUAUAACAAGCGUAAGAACUGAUGUAAUUGAUGAAGCUUUUGAUUCGGAUGAUGAUGAAAAAAAAUUAUUAGCAAAUCGACAUGGUCCUCGAACACGUAAUGAAUUGACAAUCGAUGAUUUGCCACCGAUUGAAAAUUUAACUAUUACAUUAAGUGAUGAAACACAAAUUGAAAAAAUUGGUCAUGUACGUUAUAUAAUUGAAGAAAAAUAUGUUAUCGUUGAAUCAUUAUUAAAUUCAUCACCAUUAAAUGAUGAUAGUGUAUUGUUCAAUAGUGAAAGAAAAUCAAUUGGUUUAAUCUAUGAAACAUUGGGACCAGUUAUUAAACCCUAUUAUCUCAUGCGUUUUAAUCAUAUAGAUGAGAUUAAAAAACGACAACUUUUGUUAGGACAAGAUGUUUAUUAUGCACCUAAAGAGACAACUUAUACAAAAUAUGUAUUUAUUAAAGAAUUAUUAACAUUAAAAGGUUCAGAUGCAUCUUGGAAAGAUGAUCAUGAACCGCCUACGACACUUGUUGACUAUAGUGAUGAUGAUCAAGAAAAACAAGCAAAAGAUAAACGAAAAAAGAAAAAACAAAAUCGAAAUGAUGAUCAUGGUGACGUUAAAGAUAAUGUUAGAGAUGAAGGUAUGUCACUUUCAGAAGGAUUUGGUGAUUAUGAUGAUAUUGAAAGCUUGAUUUCUGAACAAUCGAGUGAUACGUUUAGUUCAAGGGGAUCAAAGCGUAAUGGUAGACAUAGAGGACGUGGACGAAAUCGCGGUCAACAUCAACAACAACGUGGACGUCCACCACCAUCUUUACCAAAUUGGUUUCAACAAUCUCCUCAUUCUAAUCAACAAUCAUCAAAUCCACAUUGGACACCUAGGCAAUCAAAUUAUCGUCAACCAUAUCAUCCUCGACCACCAUUACAAACAAACUGGAGAUCACCACAACCACCAAUUUUGUGGCAUGGACAAUCGAAUUCUAAUUAUAUGGGAUUACCACAACAGCAAUUUCCCAAUACUCAAUCAGCAUGGCAAGCGCCACCAUCAUUGUUUAACGAUACCAAUAAUAGAACAACAAAUCAAAGACUGCCAAAUCAACAAGAACCCUCUUCCUUCUAUCAUUAG